AUGAAAAAUAGGUCAUGGGAUCCCAGUCCAUCAGACAACUUUGACUUCUGGACAGACGUCCGGCAGGCCUGGCAAGAAUCCUUCGCCAAUGUUGCCCCCUCCGCCGAGGUCGACUUCUACGACCCAGUCUUCGAGAGAGUCUUCUCGGAUUCGUCAAAAUAUGACUUGAUUGCUCUAAGCGUGCUUGAUUUCCGCACUGCUGUGCGUAAUACCCCCAAGACGAAGAUUCUUGGUGUCUGUUGGGGGCAUCAAGCUGUGGCAAGGGCUCUCGGUGGGGAGGUUGGAGCUGUUCCGACAGGGCCAAUCGCUGCUAUCCAAGAUAUCGCUCUCACGGAUGCGGGCAAAAAAUUCUUUACAUUCGCCGCCAGCACCGGUUCGUACAGAGCACCCGAAUUCCAUGUCCGCGAAGUCGCCAAGCCUGCACCGGGCUUCGUCCACCUUGCCUCGAACCACGAGUGCUUCGUCAACGAAGCAAACACAGUUCUCUCCUUCCAAGCUCAUCCCGAAAUUUCGAAUAAACUGGCCCAAAAAAUGUUUAUUGAAGACGAUAAGGAGUACAAUGGGAACUCCACUGCCGAGCAAUUGAAGGUAGAGGUGCAGAAACUCGACCAGCCAACUGAUGGUAUGAAAUUGCUGAAGCAGGUUAUACAGUGGCUGGACGAGUAA